UCAAAGCUCUCAAGAGUCAGUCUCAAAGCGAUCGUCGUUGUAAUAGCGUGGUAUAGCGGUCGGUUAAUAAUUCACCUUACACUUGUGUGUGUAUAUAUAUAUAUGUGUGUUUGGUAAUGAAAUUUGUUACAUUCCCGUUUAUGGUCGUAUUUGUGAGUAGCAACAACAGCCGUAGCAGCUGAUGUGGAACAUGGCGCACAAUUUGGCUGGCCAAUAAAUUAACCGAAAGUGUCACGACUGAAGUGGAAGAAGAAGGAGAAUAAACAAGAAGAACCCGAUAAACGUGCCGCACCAGAAAAAUCGGCAGACAAUUGAACAGAAUAUAAAUUGCAAGUGAAAUUAGAAAGAAAAAGAAAAGUAAAAACACGCCGCAUAACCGGAAAUUAAGAAAAGCAACAACAACAACAACAGCAACAGCAACAACAUUAACGGAAUGUAUCGUCCAAAUUUCUACGAGUCCACUUGCCUGCGUUGCAGCGAGACCGUCUAUCAGGUGGAUCGCGUGGGGCCGCUUAAGGAUUUCACAUUCUUUCAUUCCGGUUGCUUCAAGUGCGUCCAUUGCGGCACCAAGUUGACGCUCAAGACAUAUUUCAACAAUCAGCACAAACAGGACGACAAAGAGGUCUAUUGCAGUUCACAUGUACCAAAGAGCGGACCCGGCCAUCUUGACCAGACAUCGGUGGGCAUUAGACAAGCCCUCAAUGCGCCGCGUACCAACAAAUUCGUGAACGAACAAAUACGCGGCACACGCACCGAAGUCGAUGGUGUCCUCAGUUCACGCCAAUCAACGCCCAAUGGCUACGGGGGACGUGAGGUGAGUUCGCCAUCCCAAAAUGAUUCCGAUUACAAAUAUGGACGCUUCGAUGCAAGUGCUUUGCAUAUUGCACACGCUCUCAAACAGACGGAGAUACAAAAGGCCUAUAAUAAGGCGCGCGAGAAGCCAAUUGAUUUCUAUCUGGCUCGCGAGGAGCAGGCGCACUUGGAGAUGAAGCACCGCAAGGAGGAGGACGAUUUGUAUAGGAAAUUCGCAAAGAAGCGAGAGGAGGAGGAUCGCAAGAUCCAGAGCGAGUUCCAGGACGAGUGGGAGCGUGAGCUGCAGCGACUGACGCACAAGUUCGAGAAGGAGCUGGCGACGUCGCGUCGCAAUCGGGAUGAGGCGAACAUGCUGACGUUGCGCCACGAGCAGCAGAAGGAGGAUCUGGAGAAGAACAUGACGUUGCGGCGCAGCAAGAAGAAGGAGAGCAUCACACGGAAAAUGCUGGAGCACGAAAGAUACGAGACGGCUGCCCUUGUCGAUCGUCAGUCGAGCGAGAUGCUGGAGCUGAUCAGUGCUCGGAGAUCCGAGUAUAUGCAGAGUGAGAGCAUCUUUCUGGACGAUGAGUUCAGUGAGGGUGCGGUGCCCAUUGAGUAUCCAUUGAAUGCUCCGGUGCCAGCGCCGCCGGCGGUUAGUAAAUUUCAAAUCUAUACGGAUCCCAUUGAGUUUGAGGAUGUGGAUCGCAUUGCCAUUUCGGUGGCGCAGGAGGAUCAGAAAACGUUUACGGAUCUGGUGCGUCAAUUGGUGGGUCGUUGCACCACCGACAUUGAAAAGGCGCGCACGAUUUUCCGCUGGAUUACGGUCAAGAAUCUGAAUGCCAUGCACUUUGACGAUGAUCUCAGAGGCGACACACCCAUGGGAUUGCUACGCGGCAUCAAGUAUGGCACGGAGAGCUAUCAUGUCCUCUUCAAGCGACUCUGCAGCUAUGCCGGUCUCCACUGUGUCGUCAUCAAGGGCUAUUCCAAGAGCGCCGGCUACCAGCCGGGUGUCAAGUUCCAGGACUCACGUUUCCGCAACUCCUGGAAUGCUGUCUAUGUCGCCGGCGCCUGGAGAUUUGUCCAAUGCAAUUGGGGUGCCCGGCAUCUGGUCAAUGCCAAGGAGGCGCCCAAACAGGGCCGUGGCAAGAACGACAGUCUGCGGUACGAGUAUGAUGAUCAUUACUUUCUCACGGAUCCGCGCGAGUUCAUCUACGAGUUUUAUCCGCUGCAGGAGGAGUGGCAGCUGCUGAAGCGUCCCAUCACAUUGCGGGAGUUUGAGAAUCUUCCGUUUGUGCGCUCGCUCUUCUUCCGCUACGGUCUGCACUUUGCCGACGAGGGAUACGGAGCUGUGGUCUUCACGGAUGACACGGGAGCUGCCACAGUGCGCAUUGCGAUGCCCACGGAUAUGCAGAGUUGCCUCAUCUUCCACUACAACCUCAAGUUCUAUGACAGCGAUGAGGAACUCUCCUACGAUGGCGUCUCCCUCAAGCGCUUUGUCAUGCAGUCCGUCAUUGGCAACAUUGUUGCCUUCCGGGUGCACGCUCCUUGCUCCGGCGCCUUCCUGCUCGACAUUUUUGCCAAUGCGGUCACACCACAGGAAUAUCUUACGGGGGAGCCCAUGAAAUUCAAGUCUGUCUGCAAGUUUAAGAUCUGCUGCGAGGAGCUGCAAACGGUGAUGGUGCCGCUGCCGGAUUGCGCCAGUGGGGAAUGGGGUCCCACCAAGGCGACGCGCCUCUUUGGACUCAUACCCAUCACACAUCAGGAUCCGCUGAUCUUUGCCGGACGCAGCUUGGAUCUGCAAUUCCGCAUGUCGCGACCGUUGACAGAUUUUAUGGCAACGCUGCACAAGAAUGGCAUCGAGGAGAAGAAGCUGGCCAAAUAUGUGACACACAGCACACUGGAUGACAUUGUCACCUUCAUCAUUAAUUUCCCGGAGGAGGGACAGUAUGGCCUCGAUAUCUACACCCGCGAACUGGGAGCACCACAUCACAACAAUCACCACAACAACAAUAACAAUAACAAUAACUCGUCUUCAUCGUCGGGUGAAAAACAUUUGUUGACACAUUGCUGUAAAUAUUUAAUUAACUCGUCCAAACGGAAUUGAAGUGCAACACAUUUGAGGGAACCACAAAUGCAAUAUUAAUGAAUAGUUUAGAUGUAUUAAGUAAUGUGUUUCCACUGUACAGGUGCUACAACAAACAAAAAUCAAAAACAAAACAGCAUCAAUCAUGCUCAAUCAUUUGUUAAUCUACACUUUAGGCUGCUGGCUUCAAUCAUUCUAUAACUAAAUAAUAUUAACAAAAACCACAAAUUGGCAAACGAAUUGAAUUGAAACAAUGUAAAUACUCUAGACUCUAAUCAUUAGUCCUUAAUUCGUCUAGUAAUAACUGAAAAUAUCCAAUUCUUAUAUAUAUAUAUAUAUAUAUAUAUAUACAUGUUGUACUUAUUAUCAUUAAUGCCUAAUAAUUUAUUAUGAACGAAUCGAGACGUUUUGUCUUUAAUACAAAAGUUUAUAUUAUUUUAAUUGAUAUCUGAUAUUGAAAUUGAAUUGAACCUGUAAUUAAACACUAUGAUAAUGUGAAACAAGAAUUAAACUUGUGUAUUUUUGGCAUACUAAAAA